UAUGGUUACCUAAAUUCUAGUGCGAAUUGCUAAGUUAGAUUAUUUUUUAUAUUUUAGUCCCUUACGGUUGUGAUACGCUGUUGGCGUAAGAAAUAAGGAGAUUGUAACUAUACAAGCUAUAUAUCAUUAAAAUGUCGAUUUUCGAUUUAACAACGCUUCUCACCACUAUAAACAUACUAAUAACAUUUCUAGCCAGUUCAGAAAGUAUGUUCAAUUCCGCAGGUCUCCCAGUGGUUCUUUGGCAUGGAAUGGGUGAUACUUGCUGCUUCAUUUUCAGUUUAGGUGGGUUUAAGAAAUUUCUGGAAACGGAUCUCAACGUAUAUGUAAAAUCAAUUGAAAUUGGAAACUCCAUGGUGACAGACUACGAAAGCGGUUACUUAAUACAUCCAAAUGAACAGGUAGAAGAAGUUUGUCGACAACUCAAUAACGAUCCCGCGUUAGCGAAUGGGUAUAACGCUAUUGGAUUCUCACAAGGUGGACAAUUCUUUCGAGCUGUAGCUCAGCGUUGCAGCACACCAAAAAUGAACAAUUUAAUCAGUCUUGGUGGACAACAUCAAGGAGUAUUUGGGCUACCCGAUUGUCCUUCGUUAAGCAAAAAGACUUGUGAAAAUCUUCGCCAAUUACUCAAUCAUGCUGCAUAUGUCCGUUGGGUUCAGGAAUAUCUAGUUCAAGCAACCUACUGGCACAAUCCUCUUGAUGAGCAAGUUUAUAAAGAGGGCAGCACGUUUUUAGCAGACAUCAACAACGAGCGAAUAAUUAACCAAACUUACAUAGAAAACCUGCAACAGUUGAACAAAUUUAUCAUGGUUAAAUUUACCAAGGAUCAAAUAGUUCAACCAAAAGAAUCUCAAUGGUUUGGUUAUUACAAACCAGGCCAAGAUAAGGAAACUGAAACAUUAGAGGAAUCCGAAUUAUUCUUACAGAAUCGCCUAGGCCUCCAGGAAAUGCAUAAGGAAAACAAGCUCAUAUUUUUGGAGUGCGAAGGAAAUCAUCUUCAAUUUACCAAAGACUGGUUCAAGGCUACCAUUUAUCCAUAUUUAUUAGCCGAUGCAAACUGAAAAUUAGUUAACCGUUAGAUAUUCGUGUGUGAAUGAAUCUGAAUGAAUCAUAAAAACGAUACUAAAAAUGUAAAGGUUUUAAACCGUAACAAAACGCGAAUGUGAUUAAAUAGCAACAGUUCUUUUGAUCGUCCAAAAUAUUACCUUAUGCUGAAAUCUUAUUUUUAAU